UCCAUGUGUGAUUUUUGUUUGUACUCAUGCCAACUUCCUAGCUAGUUAAAGGACAAAAAUAUGCCUAUUUUAUUCUCAUUCGAUGCUCAAAAUAUACCAUGUUCAGGAGAAAUUUCCAUUCUAGUUCAGAUUGUUGUUUUGCCACUCUGUUGACUUUUUGCUCACAAGAAUCCGUAGAGCCAGCCUGUUUGCUAAAUGGCUCUUCGGAUACAUCAAACCAGAGGAUAUUUCUCUAAGCAAAUUGUUGAAGACCAUAGUUCCUUUCCAACAUUCACAACUAGAAAUCUACAUUCACUUAAAGAUUUCCGUGUUCGAGUUCAUUAACCUUUUUUGACAAGAGGGUUGAUCGGUGUUGGAUAUAUAUGAAGCUAUUGCGGCUACUCCAGAAAUACUGUUGUUCCAUCUUCAAGAAGAAGAAGAAAAUGGCGAAUGUUGAGAAAGUUGUUGGUGUGAAGAAAGUGAGGCAAAAAGAUCCAGAAGGAUGGGAUUUUUGUGAGCAUGACAUCAUAGAAGGAAGGCAUUGCUGCUGAAUCACCUGUUGAUGAUGACUCCUUUGUUCAAGCCAAGGCAUGGUCCUUAUUUCUUGGUAAAAUUGCUGGACAUUUAAUUUGGUUGAAGGUUAGUAGGGGAGAGAGCAGAGGAUAUGUCUCAGUUGAUUGAACGACUUUCCAAUCUGCAGAAAAGAUUUGUGGUUAGAGCAGCAUCUACAUGUCGCUGUUAUAGCAGAAUUAACUUUGGGACGUUGCACUGAACUCCAGGAAAUGAGCAGAAGAAUGGGAUCACGCGGAUAUAACCAAAUGGGAUUACAAUAUGGCUGGAAGCUGAAGGAUGGGACUUAUCUACAAGAUUCUCGUUCUACAGUUGUUAGCUCCAUAGUUUUCUUCAUGCCUCUGACAAGAGAGUAUAGAGUAGAAGCCACAGUGGUUCGUAGCAUGGCCUGGUUUUCAACAGCAGUCCCUGUUGUUUUUGUUGACAUUCAAACUGAGCAAAUCAGCAAUUUGGUAUUAUUCCUCUCUACCUUUUCUGGUUGAGUUUAACUUGUAUACGCUGAGUGUAAAAAGAAGUUUUUACAAUAUCAGGUCACUUAAAUCACUACAGAGAGUCCAAAAUAAGGGGAUUAUAUAUUAACCUGGAUAACAGGUGACGACUGUCAGUGUAUAUAAUAACUAAAUUCCUACUGAGUUUACCCAAACAAAGUUGCAUCGUGAACUUUUCUUCAUGGUUAUUUGUGUAAAGGAGAGGAGAAACACCAAUGGAAAAGCAUCUCACUUGGAGUAUGAAGCCAGAUUUGGGAUAGACAUUAAGCGAACGGACAGAUGAAGUAAUAGUCAAUCGUGGAGAGGAUUAUUAUCAAAGUCUUGAUGUAUCAUUGUGAUAACUAUCCACAACUUCAGAGUUCUACCAGAAGAGCUGCUCAAAAUCUGAUGGCAAAGAGGAAGGAUGAGUCAGUUGAUUGGGUAAGGAAGAUCAUUGGGAUGGAAACACAAACUGAUUAUACUUGUAAUCCGGAAUAUGUAGCUAAUUGUAGCAAGUUAAUAUUCAUGGAGAUAAUGAACGAUCAGAGGAAGCAUUCUGUACUAAACCUAGAAGGAGGGAUUGGGGUAAUUGAUGUUGGUCAUUUGAGGAAGCAUCUAGGUGUGGUACAGCAGGCUUUUGAACUGAAAAUGAGAAUGAUUGCCUAUUGGAAGAUUGUCUUGAUGAGGCUGGUGGAUUCGAUGGCGUUGCACAUAAUGUUCAGCAUACAAAACAUAAUUAACAAGGACAUGGAACAUGAGAUAGUUCAGGAGCUGAUGGCACCUCAAAGUGGUGGAAUAGAGAGAAUGCUCGAUGAGUCUCCACUAGUUGCAGAGAAGCGCAAUAGGCUCAACAAGAGUGUGAAGCUGCUCCAGGAAUCCAAAGAAGUGGUGUCCAAUGUCACGGACAGGAUAUCAUUCCAUGGCGAUCAAGAAAGGGAUUAGAGUGUAAAUAUGUGAUGUUGCAGUGGGAACUGUGGAAGAGCUUUCUCCUUAUAGUCCGAUAUUCUUCAACAGUUCUAAUUAGUAUCAAAAACUACCUAGUAGUACAAUUUUUUGGUUUUGUAAAAACUAAAUAUUUUUGUUGUGGAAUGCCUACAAGUGUAGUAGGAAUUGAAGUGUAUGUGCCGCUGUGCUUGUAUGUAGUCCUUGUCUUCAAUUCCGUAGCUGUUAGAUAUAUGUAAAUCUUUGUCUUCUUAUUUGCUGCUUUGAGUGAACCAUUUUGAACUUAAAUUCGUGCUGUUUCCUUAUCAAG